CAAAAGGAUACCAAGAUACCAACACCAAUACCAACAUACGAUAGCAAAAGGAUACCAAGAUACCAACACCAACAUAUGAUAGCAAAAAAAUGUCAAGAUACCAACACUAAUAUACAACAGCAAAAGGAUACCAAGAUACCAACACCAACACCAACAUACAAUAGCAUAAGGAUACCAAGAUACCAACAUCAACACCAACAUACAAUAGCAAAAGAAUACCAAGAUAUCAACACUAACACCAACAUAUGA